AAAGUGGACAAGGUUACACAAACAUUAGAGAAGACAUUGGCUUGACUGGUCACUUUGUACAUUUAUCAUACACACAUAUAUCUCACACAGACUCAGCUGUCUCACACAUAUUGGUGAAUAUGUAUCACUCACAAAUGGAACUUACACAAAAUCCUCUGGAGAAGAUCUGGGUGCCGUGGAUGAGCAGCAGGCUGAGACAGAGAAGAGGCUCAUCAGUUCCGCAGUUCACCAACUCUCCCACCAUGAUUGUGAUGGUUGGUCUGCCUGCCCGUGGAAAGACUUACAUCUCUAAGAAACUCACACGCUACCUCAACUGGAUUGGCGUUCCCACAAAGGUGUUUAACGUUGGACAGUACCGUAGGGAUGCCGUACGCACCUAUAAGAGUUACGAAUUCUUCUGCCCAGACAACGAAGAGGCCAUGAAGAUUCGCAAAGCGUGUGCUCUGGCGGCAUUGAAGGACGUCUGUUGUUACUUCACUCAGGAUCAUGGACAAGUGGCAGUGUUUGAUGCAACCAACACAACAAGAGAACGUAGAGAGGUGAUUCUCACCUUUGCUAAAGAGAACGGCUAUAAAGUCUUUUUUGUUGAGUCCCUUUGUGAUGACCCAGAAAUCAUUGCCGAAAACAUCAAGCAAGUGAAGCUGAGCAGUCCUGAUUACGUUAACUGUGAUAAAGAGGAGGCUGUGACUGACUUCCUCAAGAGAAUAGACUGCUAUAAACUAACAUAUGUUCCUUUAGAUGAUGACAAAGACAGGAACCUCUCAUACAUUAAGAUCUUUAACGUGGGCAGCAGGUACCUGGUAAAUCAGGUCCAGGAUCAUAUUCAGAGCAGGAUCGUCUACUACCUGAUGAACAUCCAUGUCACACCUCGCACUAUCUACCUCUGUCGUCAUGGAGAGAGUGAACUCAACCUUUUGGGGCGUAUCGGAGGGGAUUCCGGUCUCUCAUCACAAGGAAUGAAGUUUGCUGCAGCUUUAGGGACAUACAUUAGGGGUCAGUACAUCCUGGACCUGAAGAUCUGGACAAGUCACAUGAGGAGAACAAUCCAGACUGCGGAGGCGAUUGGAGUGCCCUAUGAGCAAUGGAAAGCACUGAAUGAAAUUGAUGCCGGUGUUUGUGAGGAGAUGACGUACGAAGAGAUUCAAGAUCACUUUCCUGAGGAGUUUGCACUCAGAGACCAAGACAAAUACCGGUACCGCUAUCCAAAGGGUGAGUCCUAUGAGGAUCUGGUUCAGCGUUUAGAGCCUGUAAUCAUGGAGCUUGAGCGCCAGGAGAAUGUUUUGGUCAUAUGUCAUCAGGCUGUCAUGCGAUGUCUGCUGGCAUACUUCCUGGACAAAAGUGCAGAUGAGCUCCCUUAUCUGAAGUGUCCACUGCACACAGUGAUGAAACUCACUCCUGUUGCCUAUGGCUGUGAAGUUGAGUCCAUUUUCCUGAAUGUUGAAGCAGUGAACACACACAGAGACAGACCUAUGAAUGUGGAUGUGGACAGAGAUCCAGAGGAUGCUUUACUGACCGUACCAGAACACAACUAGACAAGAUCACAAGUUAUCCUCUUAAUGAUUACAUAUAUUUUCCUUACUUGUAGGGCCUUCUGACUUUGGAUGUAAUUUUGUAAUAAUUGUGAGGUGAAAGGUGGUAUUCAGUGCAGUAGACAAUAUAACUCAGAUCUUGUGUCAGGUAUGGUAUGAAAUUACCCAUGUGUUAUUUUGAUGAAAACAUUAGUUAAUGAGAGAUGGCAACUCUUUUGGACAGUUAUUUAAACUUAUACAAUGAUAUCAUGAAAAUAAAGGUGUCACGUGUUUGGACUUUCAGUUUACAUUUUGAUUCGUUCCUGUGCUCCUUUGUUCAGUUUCCUGCCAGUACUUUGUUUCCAUGGUUACCUUCAUCAUUAGUUUAGUAGUUUCAGCUGUCCAUCAUUAAUCAUCUCGUUUCCAUUUAUUAUUUAACCUCCACUCUUCCCUGCACUCUUUGUCCAGUCUCUGUUGUGUUUACACUGUUAGUUUGCCUGCCUUUGAUUUGAAUUAAAGCUUAUUGAGUUUUUGA